AUGGGUGUGAUCAGUUACCACAUGGAGAUUGCCUCCUCAAUCCCUCCGGCCAGGAUGUUCAAGGCGUUUGUUGGUGAUGCCGACAACCUAAUCCCCAAGAUCUUGCCACAAGCUAUUCAGAGUGUUGAGAUCAUCCAAGGAAAUGGACAAGUGGGAACUAUGAAGUUGAUUGCUUUCGGUGAAGGCAGCCAAUUCAGUAGUGUGAAACACCAAGUUGAUGGGAUGGACAAGAAGAAAUUUUUCUACAGUUGCAGCAUAGUGGAAGGUGAUGCUUUGAUGGGUGUACUCGAGAAAAUCUCUUACGAGAUCAAGAUCGAAGCUUCUCCUGAUGGAGGAUCCAUAUGCAAGAAUAGUACUAAAUACCGCGCCAAAGGUGAUGUCGGGAUCACAGAGGAUCAAAUCAACUAUGGCAAAGAGAAGGCGUUGGGAAUUUACCACAUGGAGAUUGCCUCCUCAAUCCCGCCGGCCAGGAUGUUCAAGGCGUUUGUUGGUGAUGCCGACAACCUAAUCCCCAAGAUCUUGCCACAAGCUAUUCAGAAUGUUGAGAUCAUCCGAGGGAAUGGACGAGUUGGAACUGUGAAGUUGAUCACUUUUGGUGAAGGCAAGUUCCUAUCAUCAAGGAUAUUUAGGAACACACAUAAGCACUUUUAA